AUGUCGCAGGGAGAGCAGAUACUAAUCACAACAAGAGAGAAGGUGGGCGGUAGGACCAUCAAUAACAAUAGACACAACAAAAAGGCCAAGCGCAUCGGAGUACGCAGUCAAGGAGAAGUGUGGUCAAGGCAGACCGUCCCAGACACAGACAGGCGAAGCAAGGUAAGCAACAGCAGCAACAAGAUACCCAAUCUUGGUUCGCCCACCAUCCACAUCAACCAUCGCAUGCAGCCAAUCCCGCAUCCCCCUCCCCCACCACAGGGUCACACGACGCCUCUCAACGCCGUCAAACCCCCACCCCUCGCACCCAAAGACCCCAGCAAUAUAUACCCCAAAAUCCGCCUAUAUUCCAUCAAAUACCCACCAUCUGCUCACGUGAGCACCCUAUCUUCGAUGGUACGUUCCCCUCGAGUCACCACAGCACCGAACCGCCAUUAACAAUCCCUCCAGGUCUAG